AUAAUAAUAAUAGCAAUAAUAAUAAUAAUAAUGGAUGAAUAAAAAAUAUCCUUGCCAUCGCCUGUCGGCGAACCACCCCAUCACGAACAAUCUCAUAAAGUUUGUAGUCGUAAUUUGUAAGUUCGUAACAGCGCGUUUCAUGAAUACGACGAUCCUGGACAAUUGUAUAUUGAACAUAUUUUGAACACUAAUAUUUAAUUAUUAUUUAAAUAAUAAUUUAUUACUAAUGAGUAAUAAUCAAUUGCUAGUUGUUGACACUUUAAUGAAAAAAUAACACAAGAAAUUAUUAAAACUCCCGUCUCCCGCAACAGCAUUUCAUCAGUGUUUUUUUCAACGAAUUGUUUACCACCCGGUAACAAAUAUCAUUGUCGAGCGGUGAGCGCAGCACAGUUCGUCUUCAAGUCCGCUAGUCGGCAGUUGUUACAACUCGUGCUGCUCACCACCCCACAGGCCACAAAACAUCGUUCGAGGGCGCCUCACUGUCAGUGUUCGGCUACUGGCCAGUGUGCGUCGCUUGCGGUUCGCACGUGAGCGAACGACGCCAACGAUUAUUUUUUUAGUCUUUUCUCGAGGCUGUGAAUAGGAGGGAGUUGCCGAAUACGUUUUGCGUUUAUUAUUUUAUAAGAUUGUUAAAGAUUAAUUAUUACGAUUACCUCGGGAAAUUGCCAACUAAUCACUCAUUACGGUUUAUUAGUACAUUCGAACUAAUUUGCCAUUUUUUACUGCGUUUGAAUCGAUUGUUGACCACCGUUUGAAAUGUCUCCUGUUUGGCGGGCAACAGACUCGUCGUGAUCAUAAUUAAUAAAAUAACUACACAGUCUUAAAUAACUCCUGCGUGCAGCUACAACUCGUGUUCAUCGCCGAAGUUAUAGACGUCAACAAUCGCACUCGUUGAAGUCGUCUUCAUCAAAACAUAGUUAAUAUUAUUACAUAUAUACCUAUUACUGUAAUCGUAUUCAUGGCAAAUUUCAAAGUUAUUUUGUAAUAAUAUACCAGACAAAAGAAAAUGAACAAUAAAUCAUACUCAAUACUAACUAAAAACAUGGUCAAUGAUCCUGAACAUGAUGAAACUGUACCAGAAAAUUGUUUUUGUCCCGUGUGCAAUGUACAUAUGAAUAGAGUUAAGAGAUCUCGACCACUUGAUACUCAUCAAGAACAUAAUGCAUUUUCACCAGAUGGGAUUAAAGAACGAUGGUGUCCUGUGGAUCGGUUUCAAACUCUUCGUACAAAUUUACAUCAAACAAUGGAUCAUAGUUCAGAAAGACUGCUAAAAUUAAAUCCCUAUCCAAUUUUAGAUACUGAUCCUAUAUUAGAUAAUUUGAACUAUUCUAAUGGGUUAUCCAAAUCUCCUCAUUCAUUGGGAAACAAAAAGAAAGAUUAUACAACACAAUCUAUGUAUGAAGUAGAACAAAAUAAUAGACACAAUGAUGUUUUUCAAUAUCAUAAUAAUUCAAGGCAAUGGGAAGAAAAUGAGAACUGUGUAGAUCAAGAGGAAUUCAAAAAUGUUGAUCAAUUUAAUUAUACAUCAGUUAAAAAGUAUGAUAUGCACAUGAGACAACCUCCUAUUCAUCGCCAACGCAAAAUAUUACCAACGGUUCCUCCUAAGCCUCUUAUUUCCACAAAUUGUAUGAAUAAGAUAGAUUGCUCAUCUUCAACCAUCAAUGGUCAUUUGAAUAAUACAAAUCCAAAGAAUAAAGAUCUUAUGGACAUUCCAAAUCAGAAAACGCUUGUCAAUCAUGUACGAAUAGCUACACUUAUGCCUGUAGUAUCAAAAGAAACGUAUAAAUCAAUCAAACAUAUUAAAGAUACACCUAAGGUAAAAGAAUCAAAAGAAUCAUUGAUAAUUACUAAAGAAGACGAACAAAUUCAUGAACAAGCAAGUUCAAUACCAGAAUUAAUACUUAGUAGUGAUAUCUAUGAAAAAUCAAAAUCAAAAUUCUCUGAUAAAAAUUGUAAAAUAUUAAGUCCUAAAACUAGAUGGCAAACUGAUUGUAUAAAUAACACAUCUUUGUUUCCUGUUAAUUCAUUAAAAACACACGUGGACUUAACCUAUGAAAACGCUCAAUCAAGCUUAGAAUCUCCAAUAGUGCAACCUUUUAACAAAAGUAUAGAACAAGAUUUUAUGAUAAGUGAAUCAAAUAAAUUAGACUUUGAUCAUUUGUUUUCAGGUACUCAAAAACAAAAAGAUAAUUUUGAAUAUCAUUCAGCCUUAAGACCUAGCUUAUUUUCUAAUAUGCCACCAUACAUAAGAUUUUCUUCUCAUGAUAUUAAAGGCGAAUCAUUUCCGUUAUCUUUACAAAAGUUAUUAAAGUGGAAACUAAGUUCUAUAACUCCAAUUGUUGUACGUCGAACUAUUCAAAAUAGUGGUUUUAAACUCGUUAGAAAAUCUAAUGAUUGGGUUGGAACUUGGGGUAAACAUAUGAAAUCAUUAUGUUUCAAAACACUUCGGGAACAACAAAAACUUAACCAUUUUCCGGGUACUUUUCAAAUUGGUCGCAAAGAUAGAUUAUGGAAAAACUUACAUAGAUUAAUGUUAAAAUAUGGUAAAGAACAUUUUGGUUUUAUACCCACAUCAUAUAUAUUACCUCAAGAAGCUAGAAUUUUACGACAAGUUUGGGAGAAAAAUGAUGAAGAUAAAUGGAUUGUUAAACCGCCAGCAUCUGCUAGAGGAACUGGAAUUCGUGUUAUAUCAAAAUGGAGUCAAAUACCAAAAAAGGUACCUUUAGUUGUACAAAGGUAUAUAGAUAAUCCAUAUUUAAUAAAUGACACCAAAUUUGACUUAAGACUCUAUAUACUCGUCACUUCAAUCAAUCCACUUCGUAUAUAUCUUUAUGAUAAUGGGCUUGUACGAUUUGCUUCAGUUAAGUAUUCAUCUGAUCUUAACACUCUAUGUGAUAGAUAUAUGCAUUUGACUAAUUAUAGUAUUAACAGACUUAGUAGUCAGUAUACUCAAAAUGAAGAUGCUGAUGCAUGUCAAGGUCAUAAAUGGACAUUGCGAUCAUUAUGGUCAUACAUGGAGAAAGAACGCAAGAUUGAUGUUAAAAAAUUGUGGGAGAGUUUAGAAGAUCUGGUUGUAAAAACAGUCAUUAGUGGUGAAUCACCCAUGAGUCAAAUGUGUCGUUCAAAUUUAAGCAAUAGGUAUAACGCAUAUGAAUUAUUUGGAAUAGAUGUUUUGUUCGAUGAACACCUUAAGCCUUGGAUAUUAGAGGUUAAUAUAUCUCCUUCAUUACAUUCAUCUUCUCCGCUUGAUUUGGCUGUCAAAGGGCCAUUAGUCAAAGACCUAAUGAAUAUGGUUGGUUAUCAUAUCCCUAAUAAAAUGUCUUCUAGUACACAUAAUACAUUACUUAAGAUGUUAGGAGUAAACUCUCCACUAUGUUAUGACAAGAGAUUAUAUACAUUCAAUUUAUCUGCUAAAGAAAAAGAAAAACAAGAAUAUUAUACAAAUGUUGAAUCCAGAGUAGAAUAUAUCAAUAGUAUAUUAGAUGAUCUAUUACCGGAUGAUAUUCGACAUCUUAUUAUUUAUGAAGAUGAACUGACACAAAUUGGCUCAUUUCAAAAAGUAUUUCCAACUACUUCAUCUUUUAAAUAUCACCAAUAUUUUGAUGGUCCUAGAUAUUAUAAUAUGCUUUUUGAUGCAUGGGAAUUUAAAUAUAGUAAUAACAGAGAAGAAGGUAUUGCUGUGCUUGAAAAGUUGUGUCAGUUAAAAAUUCACCUGGAAGUGCCAGAAAUUGAUGAAGAACAAUCAAAAACUUGCGACAUCCACCAAAAUACACAAAUGGAAGUUGAAAAUAUGUUUGAGAAAUCAGGCAAUGAUAAAUUAACUGACCAUCAUCAAGCGGUCAUCAGUCAUUUUUCAAUGUCUGCUGCUGAACGUCGCCAUAUGGUAUAUACAUCUAUAACAAUGUCUGAUGAAGGAGAUUGGAUUAGUGAUGAUUUUCCGUUUGAUGAUGAUUCUACAUCAGCUACCAGUCAUCCAAUGGUUUCCUGA